GAGGGCCUGCUCCGCGCUCCCCGCGGGAUCGCCCGACGCCCAGCGCUGCUCCGAGAGAGACCCAGGAGCCCGGUCCCGCGCAGAGGCCAUGGAAGACGUGACGCCGUGCUCCCUCAGCCGCCCUCUGUUCCAGCAGGAAGAGAAGAACGGGGUCACCUACAGGAUCCCAGCCCUGCUCUACGUGCCCCCUGCCAGCACCUUCCUGGCCUUUGCAGAGAAACGCUCCACCGCCAGGGAUGAGGAUGCACUCCACCUGGUGCUGCGGAGAGGGUUGAGGACCGGGCACUUAGUACAGUGGGGGCCCCAGACGUCACUGAUGGAAGCCACACUACCUGGGCACCGGACCAUGAACCCUUGCCCCGUGUGGGAGCGGAAGAGCGGCCGGGUGUUCUUGUUCUUCAUCUGUGUGCGGGACCACAUCACUGAGCGGCACCAGAUUGUGUCGGGUAGGAAUGCUGCCCGCCUCUGCUUCGUGUACAGUGAGGAUGAUGGGUUCUCCUGGAGCAAGGUGAGGGACCUGACUGAGGAGGUCAUUGGCGCAGAGGUGAAGCACUGGGCCACAUUUGCCGUGGGCCCAGGCCAUGGCAUCCAGCUGCAGUCGGGAAGGCUGAUCAUCCCUGCGUAUACCUACUACAUCUCUCACCCGUCCUUUUGCUUCUGGCUUCCCUGUAGCACCAAGCCUCAUUCCCUGAUGAUCUUCAGUGAUGAUCAGGGUGCCACUUGGCACCAUGGCAGUCUCAUCAGGCCCAUAGCGACAGCGGAGUGCGAGGUGGCCGAAAUAACUGGGAAGGCUGGUCCACCUGUGCUGUAUUGUAGUGCACGGACCCCAAGCAGACACCGGGGGGAAGCCCUCAGCACUAACCAUGGUGAGUGCUUUCAGAGGUCAGCCUUGAACCAUCAGCUCUGUGAACCUCCACAUGGCUGCCAAGGCAGUGUGGUGAGUUUCCGGCCCUUCAAGAUCACUCUUAAGUGCCAGAACCCUGGUGGCAAAGAUGCACCCGCAGUCCAGCCGAGCCCUCCACUAGACAGCUCCCCGGGGCUGGAGCAGGAAGCUGGAGCCUGCUCAGAAUCCUGGCUCUUGUACUCACACCCAACGGGUAAGAAACGGAGGGUCAACCUAGGCAUCUACCUCAACCAGGCUCCCCUGGAGGCCACCUGCUGGUCUGGGCCCUGGAUCUUGCACUGUGGGCCCUGCGGCUACUCAGACAUGGCUGUUGUGGAGGAGGAGGGCUUGUUUGGCUGCUUGUUUGAGUGUGGAAUCAAACAGGAGUGCGAGCAGAUUGCCUUCUGCCUGUUCACAGACGGAGAGCUACUGAGCCAGGUGCGGGCGGACGGGACCAGUCCUGGCAGUCGCCCUAGUCAGUUCAAGACUAAUGGACUCAGAACCUAUUAGCCCAAAGAAGGGCGGGAACCACAGCCGGGACAAUGGCAUCCGGCCCAAGGGAACCCCAAGCUUUUGGGGCUAUAGAGAAUCCAAAAGCUUAAUAUUCUCCUCUACCUGGACCCGAAGCCUGGCACAGGGUCACCACCCCUCCAUCUCCCAAGAGCAAAAGGAAAAAUUUGCCAGAGCUGCCGCAGCGGAAAAAACCCUGCCCUGGGAGUCGGGCAGCGGUGCUAUGGGUCUCACCUGUGGUCUUAAACACAUCACCUGACCUCUCGGGCCUCAGGUCUCCAUUUGUAAGCUGAGACGCUCGGUCCUAGGCUCAAUCCUCCUCCUGCCCCUAGCAGAGGCCAGGCUCCUGGGUGCUCCACAAUCACAGGUCCUGGCUGCCUGUCGGACUCUGAUCCAAAAUGGAAAUCCAAGGACGCCAUCCAAGUGUGAGGUGGUUUCCCUCACAAACGAGCCCCACGCCCUUCUGGUCAUGCUCCACACGCUGCAGGCUCGCUCUCUGGGGACUUGGGCGGAACAGUCAGAUCGUGGGAGCACCCGCCUUCCCCAGCUUUGCCGCUCUGCUCAGUCCUCCUCACCCGGAAAGCGUCGUUGCCUCGGAGGAAGCAAGGGGCUCAGCACUAGCCGGCCGCAUCUGAUGGCUCUGGGCCCUGAAAGACGCACCAGCAAUUCCUUGGUGAGGGUGAUUCCUGAUGCAAAGGGGCAGGGCCGAGGACGAAAGCAUUGGACAAGACACCCCCCCGCCCCCCCCCAAGUCUUAGCCUUCCAGGACCUCAUGCAGUUAGAAGAAAGACCAUCUAGGUGUCCCAAGAGUUUCCAGAUAAAGGGCUCUCAGUCGGGGUGAUGGUGGCUCCCGCUGUUGUCUCUGUUGCCUUUCCAGUGUCACUGAAGUCCAAGGGCCUGCCCACGCCGCGCAGUGCUUCCCAAGUGUGUUCUCUCAGAAUGCUGUCCUGGCGCAGCCACUGUGGAACCUGUGGAGCAGGUCUUCAGCUUCACCAGUAGAAGGUUGCUCUGAUUUGGGCUUAUUCCUUCUGAUCUCCUGGAAUCAUUGUCUGGGAAGUCUGGCUGCCUCUUGGUUGUACCAGCCUGAGCCCGAGCUUAGCCUAUGCUAGGCCUCUUUGACGUCUUCCUGUUUCAGACGAUUGCCCCACAGUCUGUUACUGGGACAGAAAUCCUGUCCUGAGGUUUGUAUUCCUUCCACAGGAAGUCUCUGUUCCCCUAUUGUGGGACGAGAAGGUCAUAAACUGGUGUUGAAAGCAAAGAGCAAGUCUUGUAGAGGAGUGCAGUGUGGGAGGCUAGGGAGGUUACAGUUGUACCAGCAGGAUGGGUGGGGGGCAGGGUCCCCGCCCAGAUGAAAGGGUGUGCUUGGCCACCCCUCCUUCAGCAGAGUGCUGGAGUCUUUGGAGGAGACUGGCUUUACGACAUUCCCUGAGCAUGUCCCAUCCUACCGAAACAGUCGCCGCAGACCCAGUGAGGGUCUUUUCUUUACCCCUUUGUGCAUGGCUCUGCGGCUUCCUGAAUAUGGCUGUGCAAAACGCAAGGUACUUGUUGGUCGCCACUCCCUGCUUCGGUCACCCCCGUCUCCCCAUGGCCUGGAAGUGGUGUCUGCGUGUGGCCUGGUAUGUCGAACCUUUCAGCACGUUGUGGGGUGAAAGGAUGAAUAAAAUUACCUCUACUUCCUCAGGUGAGCCCUGACAGAGGCCGGGGAAGCCCUCCGUCAAGUUGGCCAUUGAGGGCGUGGCGGAGCCAGGCGUGCCCGGGGUUGGGGGUGCGCAGAAGGACUUGGGGAGCGUGAGAGGGGUAAGGGGUAGUUCCCUUCCUGUUCAGCCAAGCUUUACUCAGCACCGUACCCUCAAGAGAGAGGGUAGAGAGAUGGCUACCUCCCACAGGCAGGCCUGACGGAUCAGGAGCAGGGCGAUAUCAGGAGCUCCUUAGGACUGUCCUAGUGGAGGCGCAUGGAAGGCGCCCGAGUCACGUGCCGGUGAGGACUCGCUGUCUAAUCCUGGCCUUCCUCCGAUAGCUCAUCUAUCCCUAAAAGACUCCCCUCUGCUCUCAGGUGGGCUGCUGCUUAAUGGCUCGUCACACAAGCCUUCACAGCGAAAGGUCUCUGGGCAAUUUCAGGAAGGGUAAGAGGAAGAUGAAGGGCCAGGGAAGUCUGGCGUGGGGGCUGGGGUUGACCCCAGAGUGGGUGACGGCAGCCGUGAAGAAAAAGAUGGACAGAUAGGCAUCCUGGCACCUCCAGGGAGAGAAGGCAGGUAGCAGGUGUGUGGCCUGGUCUGGGGAGAUGGUGUCGGUGGGGCUGCUGUGAAGAAGCUAAGACAAAAGGUUGCAGCUGGUCCUCGGAACCCUGUGAAGAGAGGCCUGCAUGGGCCUGCGCCUCGGCCUGCAGAGAGAGUCCUCCCCAGCUUGACUGUGAUCCAGGUGACCGACUACGAGAGCCGUGGGCACUGCGACCUUGCUUGUGCCAAUUCCUUGGGACCUAAGCUACCAUACCGGUGCCCUUUCUGAGCCCACUUCCGCCGGCUCCCGGCUAGGGAGACACAGGACAGGUAAGGUGGGUGACAGCAGCUGUGAGGACAAGAGGACUGCUGCCUCCCCUUAGGGAAGGAGAGGUGACCACAUGGGCUGUGGUUCUCUGCUCCAGGGGCUCCCCACACAUCCGGCCCCUGGCAUCCUCACGUUUAUAGGGGUACAGGAACAUGCAGGGAGCAGGAGCCUGCUGCAGCUAGUGUUUACCCAGGCCACCUAUCCCCCUGACCUGUUCCCUAAUUCCUAAGCGCUAACUCAAACCCUUGUUAUUUGAAACUGUUUCUCCUGGUUGCGAAGUCCACAGGAGGUGUGUGCAGCUGUAGUCAUUGGUUAGACACAUGUUAGCUGGCCUGCUUUGGGAGAGGUGACGGUACUGACAUGCUAUCCUUAGGGACCUACAGUCUCCUCCCCAGGAUUUGAUACCUACACUUGGCCCAGAUUGGGCUGCUCACUCUUUUCUAGGAAGCGGGGUUUCCCCCCUGAAUUAGUCAAAUAGAUGCCAGACCAUCUCCCUCUCGACUGCCAGGGUGUACAAUCUAAUCCACUCGGGUCCUUCCCACAGGCCGCCCUAUAUUCUGCAUUCUCCCUGUAGCCCUCUGUUAGGCUGUAAGCUGCUUGAGGAUCCAGGCUUUCUGACCCCUCUCUGCCCUUUUUGCCCCGAAUCACAAUGACUUACAAGCCUGUGCAUUUUGAAAAUUCAUUUCCCGAAUUCCAUGAAGGUAAGGACUGGGUCUAAGUCUUAGCUUUGUCCAGCAUGGACCCAGAGUCGCAGUAAAGAUGUGCGGAAUGAAUGAGUGAGUCCAAGAUCCUUUGCCCUCUGGCACUAGUUGAGGAGGCUCUUGGGAGAAGGGGAGGGUGCGUCCCUGGAGGGUUUGCACAGCAUUCUGAAGGCGCCUAGCGAGUGCUUGCUGUGUUACAUCAUGCUGCCCGCCAGGUCCCACAUGGGCUUCCUGGGACGGGCUUUGUGCUGUGGUCCCGAGAUGAGGUGUAGGCUCUCAUUUCACGGAUGCUUUAUCCCUAAGCAUGACUCAGUGUCGCUGGGGCUCAGUGUGUGCUGAGCGUGUCUGUUCUCUCUGCUGUCAAGAGCGCGCUGUGUCCAAGCCGCCGUGAUUCCGAAACAAGGAAGGUGGAAUAAACUUGAUUCUAGUGGCUUCUGGUUUUGCUGCUGCUGUUAGGGAAACGGAGAUGUUGACCACCCUGAUUUUGAUAUCCAAUUUGUACACAACAUGUUUCCCAAACAAAUUUGAAGCAGUAUCCUGGUUUCUGUAGACCCUUUUAUUUUCUGAAAACUGUAUUAGUAGUCAUCCUUUGCACGCACACAUGGCCUUUGAACAGGGCAACUUGUUGAAAGAAGCAGGGCCGGGCCAUCAGGGCUAGUGAGGCGGCAGGAUUUGACACGGUGGCUACUAGUGGAGGGAUCGGGGUGCACAGGAUCUGCCCUCGGCCGACUCCCGCGCUGGCCGCUGCCCGUCUCCUUUUAGUUUCAGAGCACUUGGGGCCUGGUCUCACGUUGUUGCCGGAGAAGCCACACAGGUUCACCUAAACGAAGCGAGGAGAUGGCUUUGCCUUGUCUCAGGAGCCUUCUCGGACUUUCUGUUGGUUCCACUGGAUGCCCUGCAUUUGACCAAAUGUCGCAUUCUGCCACUGGGUCAGUCUACUUUCUCACAACGACUCGCCAGUUGAAGGCUGUUUCAAAUGCUUAUGUAUCCCAGGACACAGACCCACAGAGUGAGGUGAGAGUACGGGAAGCGCAGGGAACGGACCUCCUUCACAAAGGUUGUGCAGCAGUUAGCGUCAUCCAACUAUCCUGCGGUCCCGAGACCUCGUUAAGGCUUCCACUUCAUUUUGCCGCGUUUGGAUGGCUUAAGGGCUGGAGAGCAGUGUGCACCGUUACGGAGUCUUUUGUGCACAACUUAAUAAAAUCCCCCUAAUAAAACA